CAAGCAAUGUAGAGUUGCGUUGAUAGAGGAUUACUGAUUACAUAUGCUUUGGUGAAUUAUCUGUCAAAUAAUCAGCCUCCCUUCUAAUGAUAAUUUGGAAAAAAAUAAGAGAUAUUCUGCUGUUUAUUAUACAGGAUGAUUAAUUUUAUGGAUUAAUCUGAUUGAAGAUGUAUUAUCAAGCGUAUAUUUUGUUUCAGUAUAAUAAUAAUAAAACCGAGUUCGAAUUGAAUGCACCCUAAGGAGCAGUAAGUGGGGGAUGCAAAUUGCGAAUAUUCAUUAUUGGAUAACUAUAUGCUUUGGUGAAUUAUCUGUCAAAUAAUCAGCCUCCCUUCUAAAGAUAAUUUUUUUAUUAUGCAGGAUGGUUAAUUUUAUGGAUUAAUCUGAUUGAAGAUGUAUUAUCAAGCGUAUAUUUUGUUUCAGUAUAAUAAUAAUAAAACCGAGUUCGAAUUGAAUGCACCCUAAGGAGCAGUAAGUGGAGGAUGCAAAUUGCGAAUAUUCAUUAUUGGAUAACUAUAUGCUUUGGUGAAUUAUCUGUCAAAUAAUCAGCCUCCCUUCUAAAGAUAAUUUUUUUAUUAUGCAGGAUGGUUAAUUUUAUGUAUUAAUCUGAUUGAAGAUGUAUUAUCAAGCGUAUAUUUUGUUUCAGUAUAAUAAUAAUAAAACCGAGUUCGAAUUGAAUGCACCCUAAGGAGCAGUAAGUGGGGGAUGCAAAUUGCGAAUAUUCAUUAUUGGGUAGCUAUUGUUUAAAUUUGAUCUAUCAUGAACUUAAAUAAAAUAUAUGAUUUUUGUGUCAUUUUUUUCUUCCCAACAGGGCAACGGAUCUAAUUUAUGAGCCUUCUUCUCUGCCGCUACAUAUUCUGUGCUGUAGCCACAAUCUAUCCUUGGCCUAUAAAAUAAGAAAUGGAGUGCGUAUCAGUCAUGCAAAUUAUCUUGCAGAUGGGACAAAGGGAACGUUGAAUUGCAAGUUCCCUUUCAAUUUGGUCCUAUAUAUAUGCCUUUACAUUGUCUGAAAGCAAACGUAAGAGUGUUGAUUCUAAGAUUCACGUAAAAGUUUUCAGAACGUUCCUCUUCUUAAUAUAUUCACAUCUCGUAACUCUUCCUUCUCAACCUUCCUGACCAACUUUCCAAAGCAAAGCUUAUCAAAUUAAAAAAUAAAAAAAAAGACAACUUUCCAAAGCACAGGCGAUGGAUUUUCUUGAAGACCGGCCAAUUGUUUGCGACGGUGGAUCCGGCUCUGUAAAGGCUGGUUUUGCUGGUGAUGAUGCUCCUUGUGUGGUAUUUCCCAACGUAAUAGGCCGGCCUCGAAACAAGCAUGCCAUGAUCGGUAUUGGACAGAAGGAUAUGUACUUCGGAGAUGAAGCAGACGCAAGGCGGGGAGUUCUUGAAUUAAGCCAUCCUAUCCAUCAUGGAAUUGUCCGAGACUGGGAAGAAAUAGAGAGAAUCUGGAAGCAUACCUUUGACAGGGAGCUCAGGGUAACCAUAGAAGAACAUCCUGUUCUUUUAACUGAAGCUCCACUCAAUCCCAAAAUUAACAGAGAAAAGAUGGUCGAGAUCAUGUUUGAAGCCUUUGAAAUCCCAGCCACGUAUAUAGCUAUGCAGGCUGUGUUAUCUCUAUAUGCCAGCGGCCGGUCUACAGGUAUUGUUAUGGACUCUGGAGAAGGAGUUACACAUGUAGUUCCUAUUUAUGAAGGGUAUGCGCUUCCACAUGCCAUCCAUAGGCUUGAUUUGGCAGGAAAGGACCUCACGGAGUAUCUCACCAGGAUCCUAGCAGAAGAGGGCCAUAAUUUUACCACGUCUGCACAGAAAGAAAUCGUCAGGGACAUAAAAGAACGAAUUUCAUAUGUGGCAAUGGAUUUUGAUAAAGAGCUCGCUACAUCGAUAAAGUGUUCAGAGCUAGACAAGCAAUAUGAAUUGCCGGAUGGGCAAGUCAUAACUGUAGGAGCUGCACGGUUCAGGUGCCCAGAAGUUCUCUUUAAUCCAAGCAGGUUGGGAAUGGAGUCAGGGGGUGUGCAUGAGAUUGUGGUGAGGUCAAUCAGAAGGUGUGAUAUGGACAUCAGGAGAGAGAUGUUUAGCAAUGUGGUGCUUAGUGGGGGAACUACAGUAAUACCUGGCCUGGCUGAUCGACUGGCUAAGGAGGUUAGCUCAUUGGCAUCUCCUGGAGUGAGGGUAAGAGUGGUUGCUCCACCAGAGAGGAAGUAUAGUGUGUGGAUUGGUGGCUCUAUUUUGGCUUCUUUAAGCACAUUUCAGCAGAUGUGGGUAACAAAGGCAGAAUACAUGGAGUCCGGAUCUUCCAUUGUGCACAUGAAGUGCUUCUAAAACAUCGUCUUCUACUUUUCUUUUCAGAAAAAACAUAAUAAUCUAUCUUUAUCUCUGUUUUUCAUUUUUUCAA